CGUAUUUUUGGAAGGCAGGGAGGCGUUGGCGACCGGUGUGAGGCGAGAAAAUCCAGCGAUGCGGUGCGGAGGGCGGAGCCGAGCCAGCUAUGAAUACAGGGAGGGGGAGUCCUCCUUCCCUACCGCCCCCGAUAAAACGGAAGAAUCUGGAAGCGUCCGUCCGUCGCCUGCUCGUCCCACCGCUUCCCUCCUCCCCUCUCGCCCUCCGCUGCACAGGCGUCCGCGUCGGCGGCGCUCCACAACCCCCGAGAAACCCACCACACGUGGAGCGGCUGCGGGCGCUGGGCGGGGCCCACCAUUGCUGCGGGAUGGCUGAGGUCGCCGGCGCCGGGCAGCUCAUUGCCGUCGCCGUGGCCACGCUUCUUGCCGCGAUCUUCCUUGCCGCCCUUCUUGGCCGCCGCCGCCGCCGCGGCCGCAGCAGCCGGUCGCCGUCUUCGCCAGGGAAGGCUGCGCCGGUGGAUGGCAGCGGGGUCGCCGACGGCGAAGGGUGCGACGGUGAUGGCCGGACCGACGUCAUCAUCGUCGGCGCCGGGGUCGCCGGAUCUGCGCUGGCAUACACGCUCGGAAAGGAUGGUCGUCAUGUGCAUGUUAUAGAGAGAGACCUGACAGAGCCAGAUAGAAUUGUGGGUGAACUGUUACAACCAGGUGGCUACUUGAAAUUGAUUGAGUUGGGCCUUCAGGAUUGUGUUGAAGAAAUUGAUGCUCAGCGUGUCCUUGGUUAUGCAUUAUUCAAAGAUGGGAAAAACACUAAACUCUCUUAUCCCCUGGAGAAGUUCCAUUCAGAUGUUGCUGGUAGGAGCUUUCACAAUGGACGGUUUAUACAGAGGAUGCGCCAGAAAGCUGCAUCUUUGCCUAAUGUUCAGUUGGAGCAAGGAACAGUUACAUCAUUGCUUGAAGAAGAUGGUACAGUUAAGGGUGUUCAGUACAAAACAAAGUCUGGUGAAGAAUUAAAAGCCUAUGCCCCUCUGACAAUUGUAUGCGAUGGCUGUUUCUCAAAUCUACGACGUGCCCUUUGCUCUCCCAAGGUUGAUGUGCCAUCUUGUUUUGUUGGGUUGGUCUUGGAGAACUGUCAACUUCCUCAUGCAAACCAUGGCCAUGUUGUCCUGGCAAAUCCUUCACCUAUCCUAUUUUACCCAAUAAGCAGCACUGAGGUUCGCUGUUUGGUUGAUGUCCCUGGUCAGAAGGUGCCUUCCAUAGCAAGUGGUGAAAUGGCAAAAUAUCUCAAAACUGUGGUUGCGCCUCAGAUUCCUCCAGAAAUCUAUGAUUCAUUCAUAGCAGCUAUUGAUAAGGGAAGCAUAAGAACAAUGCCAAACAGGAGCAUGCCAGCUGCUCCACAUCCAACCCCUGGUGCACUUUUGAUGGGUGAUGCAUUCAACAUGCGGCAUCCUUUAACUGGUGGUGGAAUGACUGUUGCCUUAUCAGACAUUGUUGUCCUACGUAAUCUUCUCAAGCCUCUUCGCAAUCUGCAUGAUGCCUCUGCCCUUUGCAAGUACCUUGAAUCAUUCUAUACACUGCGGAAGCCAGUUGCUUCUACCAUAAACACAUUGGCUGGUGCCCUAUACAAGGUUUUCAGUGCCUCACCUGAUCAAGCUAGGAAUGAGAUGCGCCAAGCUUGCUUUGAUUACUUGAGCCUUGGAGGCGUCUUUUCUAAUGGACCUAUUGCUCUUCUCUCUGGUCUGAAUCCACGGCCAUUGAGUUUAGUGGCACAUUUCUUUGCUGUCGCUAUCUAUGGUGUCGGUCGCUUAAUGCUCCCCCUCCCUUCACCCAAACGCAUGUGGAUCGGUGCAAGACUAAUUUCUAGUGCAUGUGGCAUAAUCUUCCCGAUCAUCAAAGCUGAAGGUGUGAGACAAAUGUUCUUCCCCGCCACCGUCCCAGCCUAUUACCGUGCUCCUCGUCCCAUGGAGUAAAAAAAACCAAAAAAAGGAGGAGAAAAUCCCCCCUAGUCCUGAUCGGUGGAUGUUUUUCGUGGAUGGCAAUUUUCCUGUGUAAUUGGUAGUAGUCUUCAGGCAGUGUUAGCCGGCUGUGUGUACUGUUGUUCAAACGGAACGAGGGUCCUGCCCUGUGCACUGUCAACUUCCCUGUCCACGCACUACUGUCAUUGUUCUGCCAGGGAUGCAUGUCGACUGCUAAUCCUAAUCUGUAUAUCCCUCUUGAACUCAUCAUGAUUGCUCCUUUGAUCUAACUGGGUGUGUUGCUUGCUCGUCCACUGAAUUACAUAGGUGGGACUCCUGUGUGAUUGAUACAAGUGUGUUUGCUUUGCUAAACUGUAAACAACUGCACAAAAGAUGUGCAGCUGCGAGCAGAUUCAGUCGAUCAUCACGAGGCUCCUAUCUCACCCUCCUAUGAUGGUCCAGUGUGCCACGAUCUGUUCCAUUAAAUAUUUCAGCUGCAGUUUGGCUUCGUUCAGCUGCAGUUUGGCUUCGGCGAUCGCCAGUCUUUCUCCUCU